GCCCCAAGCUUCGGUCAGAGACGAAUCGGGCCACGAGUUUCUGAUGCGUGUAAUCGGCUUGACCAACCCCGACUGACAACUAGCAGACGGGUAGAAAAGAAGAAAAAAAAGAAAAAAGGGAGACGGAACCCUAAAGAACCGUUUCUACUAACAAACCAGCGAUGGCGGACACUCGACAGUCGGCUUUUAUGCCGACAAUCAAAUGUUCGAACUGCGGGUCACAAGUCGAGAUCUCAUUGAUGGGGGAGCAUGUGUGCAACGCCUCCGUCCUGGCAGCAGAACCGUCUCCCCCUAUGCCCGAUCUUCUCGGCGGCACGUUCUCGUCGCUUAAGCAGAGCGUCUUUGACAAGCUCACCCGCGCGCCCCCUACCGUAGAUACGUCGGCAGCAAAUAACGCAUUCAAGUUGGAUCAGUUGACGCCAGUCAGCGCCUCCACGGGAUCGCAUUCGAUCUCGCCCCAGACACCGACCGCUGGACGGCUCGGCGCCGAUCCUAGCGGCGAUGACUAUGCACCGGCGAUAGCAGGCUCGCCAAGGCGACCUGGGGGGUAUGGGGGGUUUAGAGAUUCGGGAUCGUCCGAAGGGGAGUCUGCCUACGGUACUAGCCCGAACAAACAGUCACAUUUCUUGACCAGGAUGAACACCAUCGCGCCGGGCCCGUUCGAGGGGAAUAGGAGACCCGGUGCGAAGGAGGCCUUCGCUCGGAACAACAGCAGGGACUUUGGCUCUGAGUCGAACAACGAUUCGCUACAUGUCGGAUACUCGCUGGAGAGACCGGGUACCGCGGGUUCGACUUCGUCGAAUCGGAGCGGCGGUAUGGCCCCUCCUAGGGCACCGCGGAAAAACGGAUACGGGGGAUUCGGCCCACCACAGAGAGAGAGUGACGACUUCGAGCCGCAACCGCUGGGCCUCGGAAAGCGAUCCGAGACUUUCCCCGAGAAGCUCGUGAGAACUAGCGACGAAGUAAUCGAAGCCCCGGCGCGCGUGCCUUCGGCCCCUGGUCCCAGACCGGACCGACUGCAGAGCAUGUCGAGCAGUACCGGGGAUCGGAUAAGCACCAGACGGUCGCAGCGACCGUCGUUUGGACCGCAGGAAGCGUUACGGCCACCUCCGCGAUCAAGUUUAGUCCGCCCGCCAACGAGAGAUGGCAACACAAUACCUAUCAACCUGGACGAGGAAUUCGGCGUCAACAAUCCUUAUCACUCGCCCUCCAUAUCGCAAUCGUCUAGCACUUCAGGUUAUAGUCAUAUGUCGCAGCCUCCCAGCCAGGCGAGUUCGAACACAAGCCCAGCACGAUCGGUAGGGUCUCGCGGGGGCGUGCGGCAGCCGUCCGAUAUGUCGGGGGUCGACGCCUUACUGGACGACCUGCAGUCCUCUAUGGGUGCGCUGCAAACCAAAGGGCAGCCGCCCUCACUCGGGGACAGGGCGCGGAUCCAGAGGGCGCCGUCGCCUCUUAACCCCAGCCACCGGCAUCCUUCCCCAGAGACUCGUCGGCCAGAUCCUGUCAGUCUGACAGGCCGGGAGCCAGACUUGCGAUCGGGACCGCCGGUGAAAACCCCGCUUACCCCGGACUCUUCCGAAGCCGACCGGAGAGAUCCCGCGGUGCAGGAGGGGAGAAGCGGGUCACCGCCAGAGCGCGUCAGACCGCAGCACAGCCGUCAGCCUUCGCGCUCGCGUGGCAAUUGCAGGGGAUGUGGUAAGCCCAUUACGGGCAAAUCCAUCUCUUCGGCGGAUGGCCGGUUGACCGGCCGCUACCACAAGGCGUGCUUCGUAUGUACGACGUGCCAGGAGCCGUUCUCGUCGGCCACGUUUUACGUAUUGAACGACAAGCCGUACUGCGAGCAGCACUACCACAAGCUCAAUGGCAGCCUUUGCGGGACCUGCAACCGCGGCAUCGAGGGACAAUACCUCGAGGAUGAAUCGUCGAUCAAGUACCACCCACACUGCUUCCGGUGCGGCGACUGCGGCGUUGUUCUUCGUGACGGAUACUUUGACGUAAACGGCAAAUCGUAUUGCGAACGCGACGCCUGGCGACGGGUACAAUCAGCGAUACGAGACGCACAACGGAUGCAACAGCACCAACAACCGUCGCCGAAUACGCGAACGCAGCAACCGUCCCCCCGGCCAAGCGGGCAGGCGGCGCCGCCGCCGAUGGCGAUGGGAGGAGGGCUUCCGGCCGGCCCCGGCUCGAAACUAAGGCCUCUGAACCAGCCGUUCGGGUUGCCGACCGGAAACCGCCUCGCUCCCGGCCAGGCUCUCGGCCGCGGCGGACUGAGGCCGAUACCGAAAAUGGAGAAGCGGAUGACGCGAUUUGGCAUGAUGUAG